GGUUACGGUGUAGCGUUUUUAAAUUACUGCGUUAAAAUUUUACUGCGCGGAAGUUUUCAACCGUUCAAACUUCAUUUGCGGUAAAAUAAUUAUACUGAGGCAGUAAUAUUUUAACGUUAAAAUUUUACUUCACUCGUUAUAAUUUUACUGGCUUUUUAGUUUACAGUUUAUAUAGCUUAUUUUGUUAAGGUGUACGAAAAUAUAUGACUUUAAUGGUGUCAGGAAAUAUUCGAAUCACGAUGCUUUUCUUGGAGAUGUGAAUGAAAGAGGAAAAAAAGCAAAUUCUAAACAGCAGUGUAAAAAUUUUGUUAUUGUUGACAAUAAGUUGAUGUAUUGCAAAAAAGGUAUUGGCGAGGUGAUUGUGGUAAUAGAUCGGGAAGAACAAUUAAACAUUGUUAAAGAAGUCCAUGAGGGUCUCGGUACUUCUGAGAAAGCUGUUGCAUUAGAUAGCCACUUAGGAAUUAAUGCUGUGAGAAAGCAAAUUUCUUCAAGAUUUUUUCUGGCAUUCAAUUGUGGAGGAUAUCACCAAACAUGUAGCUAAAUGUGAACGAUGCCAAAAAACCUCUUACAGAAACCUAAAAGUGUCUCCUGCUUUAAAACAUGUUAAAGUAGAACAACAAGUUAUGAAACAAGUUGGUGUAGAUUUAAAUAAAUUACCUGAAUCAAAUGGAUUCAAUUAUGUAAUUGUCCUUAUAGAUUAUUUUUCAAAGUGGACUGAAGUAGAACCUCUUAUUGUUAAAACAGCAAUAUCAGUAGCAGCCUUUCUUUAUAGAGUUAUUUUCAGGCAUGGUUGUUUUCAAAUACAAAUUAAUGACCAAGGUCGUGAAUUUGUAAAUUCAGUAUCCAUUGCACUUCAUGAUAUGAUAGGCGUUCAGCAACGUGUAACCUCUGCUUACCAUCCACAAGCUAAUGGCCUUGUGGAGAGACAGAACCAGACAAUUAAGAAAGCAAUUGUUAAGGUCUUAAAUGAAAAUCUUAAAAGUUGGGCCUCAGUUUUUAGAUGGAGUCCUAUUUGCUUUACGUGUUAAAGUGCACGAUUCAAUGGGGUAUUCACCAUUUUACCUUAUGUAUAACCGACAACCCUAUCUUCCAAUUGAUGUAAAGUACACAAAUGUACUCAAUGGGGAUAACUACAAUCCUGUAUAUGAUAAAGAAGUUAUUAUAGUUAAAUAUUACAAAAAGCUUUUCAAAUGAAAAGAGGACUUGAAGAAAAAGCCAUGACCAAUAUUGUUUGUGCACAAAAGAAACAAAAAAUUGACUAUGAUAGAAAGCAUACAACACCAUCAAAAUUUUUUGUGGGUCAAAAAGUACUAUUGAGAAAUUUAAAAAAAGAAAAUAGAAAAGGUGGAAAAAUGACUUUCUCGUGGCUUGGUCCAUAUGAGAUACUUGAUAUUUUGUCAAACUCAACAUGUUUAUUAAGAAACAUUAAAGGGAACAACAGAAUAAAGAAGAAGUACUCUCUACAUCAUGUUAAACCAUUUGUUGAAGAGAAAAGUAAUUCAAAAUUGCAUAGUUUAACUUCUGAGUGCAACAAUCAGGAUAAAAGUCAACGUAAUUCCAAAUUAAUGAAACAUCCUACCAAAGAAGUUCUCCAAAAAAUAGCUGAAGAACAAGGACUUAAAAUAUUUAUAAUGCCAGAUCUUUUUGGUGGAGAAGAAAAUGAUGUACCUUCAAAAAUACAUGUUUGCAAAGGUGAUGGCAAUUGUUUUUUUCGAGCAAUUUCGUUUUUGCUGACAGGUUCUGUGUGUCAACAUACACAUGUUCGCGAUGUUGUUGUUAAGCAUAUGGUAUCAAAGCCUUGUUCGAAUCUUUUGUCCGGAUAUUUAGGCAAUGAUGUGGAAAACUACAUUACCAAAAGUGGUAUGGCCACAGAUAGUGUAUGGACUACAGAUGUUGAGAUCCUUGGUACUGCAAAUCUUAUUUGAAUUGACAUUGCUGUAUGGUCCUUCACUGGACAAAAACUAGCAUGGCUCAAAUAUCCAGCAUCCAUGAAACUCGACCAACUAACAGCUCAUAGUAUUCUUUUAGAAAAUAAAAAACAAUCAUUAUAACGUUGUUUUGUCAUUAAAAGCUUUGUAAAUGAAAUGAUGUUUAAACUGAACUAAAAUGAUGUUUGUAUA